AUGAUUUAUGUUUACCCUGAUCUUCAGUUUCUCAUUUUUAUUUGCAUUCUUCCGAUUUAUUCUCUCGCACAAGCGGAGUUGAACUUCGUUUUUCUUAAUGGCUAUAAUGUAAUUCGUUGCUCGGACAAACAAAUUCAAGUAUACAGCACUGACAAUGAACUCCUCAGUAAAAUAUUAGCCUGUGAUGAUAAAGAUAAACUCAAGUAUGAGAAUAACGCUGGUUAUGAGUGGGGUUCGCUAACUGCCGAAUGCUCAGCAGAUAAUGCGUACGUGAUAGAGAAACAAGUCAUUAAACGUGUACACGCAGCCAAAGAUAAAGAACAUUUCACGAGUUUUAAUGCGUCAGCGGAAUUAAAAUUACCGUGUCAACCAGUGACACAGUAUGACGUCGAAGAUGAAAAAGUAUUAGAAGACGAACGCUUAUUGAUUUUUAAACAUGAAUUGGCAAACAAUGCAUAUUUUGCAGAAAUUAAUGGGGAAAAACAGAGAACAAUUUUUAUACAAUUUCCAAUAGAUGCUACUAUCUGCAAAAUCGUAAUUCGUAGUACAAAAGAGCCAUGUCCGGUUGAUCCAAAUGAUAUGAAGGUGACUCAUCACUGUUACUAUAAUCCUGGUGGUUCGCUACCUACAAGAGAAGACAUAGAAGCCGAACUGUACCAAAUAGCUCAAGUUCAACCGCAUGAUAUGAAUAACUUGCCAAAAGACGAUUGCAGUUCAUCUGAAACAACUGACACCAAUAUAUAUAUAACAACUGACACCAGUGUAUAUAUAACAAAUCACGUCAAUAAACCCGGACCGAGUCAAUUUCAGAAAGGGACUAAUAAUUCAUCAUCUGGUUCUUCGGUAGUCAAUAAAGAGAAAAAAGGCAAAAAACCUAGUGGUGGUGGUUCUCCUUCACCAAAAGGCAAAGCGAAAACGAAAUCGACCCAAGUUAUUGUGAUCGUCAUCAUAGUGAUUUUGACACUUGGUAUCAUUGGUGGUAUUGGCUUUUAUGUCUUCCGAAAGUAUCGCUUCAAGAUCUUUGGGUCUGAAUCAUCAAAUGAUCUGGUAGAUAGUCGUAAUCAGGAUCCAGGCAAUCUCAAAAUGAACGAGAGUCAACAAUCUAUAGCGUCAACAUCAACAAAUGACAUGAGCGUAGUGAUGGAUGCAAAUGAUUUAUCACAUCGAGGAAAACCAAAAGUCGAACUACAGACAGAUGUUGCUAACAAACGACACCGAGGAGGAGUCAACAUGGCUUUUGACCAAGAUCUUUAG